CAGUCAGCCUUGUUCUGCAAAGGACUUCAUGGGGCAAGCAAAAAUAUAUCCACUCUACGUGAAUAGAAGUAAUUGAAGCAGUCCAGUACAAGAGAAGACGAGGGAAGAAAGAGUGCUCUGUUUAAAGACUGAUUAAAGGAGGAAUCUGCAGCCUUGAAAUUCAUUUAAGUGACCUGUCGGGAUGGGCGUUUGCCUGACCUACUUUAUAGAGGAAUUGGAUGGCAUAAGUGAUUAAGGUGUUGAGUGUUUCUGAAGCCUAUGAAAGGUGGAAACUCAACCAUGAUUUCUUUUUCAACUCUACAGCAUUCCCUUCCUUGAAGUCUUCAUUUUUACCUUAGUCUCAGCCCUGAUGAUAGGACUGUGGCCCGGGAGCCUGUGAGAAGGAAUGAGGCCAGGGCCUUUUCAAGUUGAGAAGUGGUUUGGCGUGCUACAAAGUUGGACAAGCCAGAUUGCAAGUUUGCCACCUAAAGAUUUUGAAAAAUGAAAUCAGACUCUUGGUCCUUUGUCCUGCAUAUAUUCUAAGCUCAUAAUACUUGGUACCCGGGAGAACAAGAUAAACAAGCAGUUAUACUUAAGCAUGAACAUUGACGACAAACUGGAAGGAUUGUUCCUUAAAUGUGGCGGCAUAGACGGAAUGCAGUCUUCCAGGGCAGUGGUUGUAAUGGGUGGAGUGUCUGGCCAAUCUACCGUGUCUGGGGAACUGCAGGAGUCAGUGCUUCAGGAUCGGAGUAUGCCUCACCAGGAGAUGCUUGCUGCAGAUGAAGUGUUGCAAGAAAGUGAAAUGAGACAGCAGGAUAUGAUCUCACACGAUGAACUCAUGGUCCAUGAAGAGACAGUGAAAAAUGACGAAGAGCAGAUGGAGACACAUGAAAGACUUCCUCAAGGACUACAGUAUGCACUUAAUGUCCCUAUAAGUGUAAAGCAGGAAAUUACUUUUACUGAUGUAUCUGAGCAACUGAUGAGAGACAAAAAACAAAUCAGAGAGCCAGUAGACUUACAGAAAAAGAAGAAGAGGAAACAACGUUCUCCUGCAAAAAUCCUUACAAUAAAUGAGGAUGGAUCACUUGGUUUGAAAACCCCUAAAUCUCAUGUUUGUGAACACUGCAAUGCUGCCUUUAGAACGAACUAUCACUUACAGAGACAUGUCUUCAUUCAUACAGGUGAAAAACCAUUUCAAUGUAGUCAAUGUGACAUGCGUUUCAUACAGAAGUACCUGCUUCAGAGACAUGAGAAGAUUCACACUGGUGAAAAACCGUUUCGCUGUGAUGAGUGUGGUAUGAGGUUCAUACAAAAAUACCAUAUGGAAAGGCAUAAGAGAACUCAUAGUGGGGAAAAACCUUACCAGUGUGAGUACUGUUUACAGUAUUUUUCCAGAACAGAUCGUGUAUUGAAACAUAAACGCAUGUGCCAUGAAAACCAUGACAAGAAACCAAGCAGAUGUGCCAUCAGAGGCGGCCUUCUGACGUCUGAGGAGGAUUCUGGCUUUUCCACAUCACCAAAAGAUAAUUCACUGCCGAAAAAGAAGAGGCAGAAAGCUGAGAAAAAAUCGUCGGGGAUGGACAAAGAGAGUGGUCUGGACAAAUCUGAUUUGAAGAAAGACAAAAAUGACUACUUGCCGCUGUACUCAUCAAGUACGAAAGUAAAGGACGAGUACAUGGUAGCAGAAUACGCUGUUGAAAUGCCACACUCUUCAGUUGGGGGAUCGCACUUAGAAGACGCAUCAGGAGAAAUACACCCACCUAAGUUGGUUCUUAAAAAAAUUAAUAGUAAGAGAAGUUUGAAACAGCCACUGGAGCAAAAUCAAACUAUUUCACCUUUAUCCACAUAUGAAGAGAGCAAAGUUUCAAAGUAUGCUUUUGAACUUGUGGAUAAGCAAGCAUUACUUGACUCAGAAGGCAAUGCUGACAUUGAUCAAGUUGAUAAUUUGCAAGAGGGGCCCAGUAAGCCUGUGCACAGCAGCACUAAUUAUGAUGAUGCCAUGCAGUUUUUGAAGAAGAAGCGGUAUCUUCAAGCAGCAAGUAACAGCAGCAGAGAGUACGCACUGAAUGUAGGCACCAUAGCCUCUCAGCCUUCAGUAACCCAAGCAGCUGUGGCAAGUGUUAUCGAUGAAAGUACCACAGCAUCUAUAUUGGAUUCCCAGGCAUUGAAUGUGGAGAUAAAGAGUAACCAUGACAAAAAUGUGAUUCCAGAUGAAGUGCUGCAGACUCUGUUGGAUCAUUACUCCCAUAAAGCUAACGGACAGCAUGAGAUCUCAUUCAGUGUUGCCGACACUGAGGUGACUUCCAGCAUAUCAAUAAAUUCUUCAGAAGUACCGGAGGUCACCCAAUCAGAGAAUGUUGGAUCAAGCUCCCAAGCAUCCUCGUCAGAUAAAGCCAACAUGUUGCAAGAGUACUCAAAGUUUCUGCAGCAGGCUUUGGACAGAACUAGCCAAAAUGAUGCCUAUUUGAAUAGCCCGAGCCUUAACUUUGUGACUGAUAACCAGACCCUUCCAAGUCAGCCAGCGUUCUCUUCCAUAGACAAGCAAGUCUAUGCAGCCAUGCCCAUCAAUAGCUUUCGGUCAGGAAUGAAUUCUCCGCUAAGAACAACUCCAGAUAAGUCCCACUUUGGACUAAUAGUUGGUGAUUCACAGCACUCAUUUCCCUUUUCAGGUGAUGAGACAAACCAUGCUUCUGCCACCACAACACAGGACUUUUUGGAUCAAGUGACUUCUCAGAAGAAAGCCGAGGCUCAGCCUGUCCACCAAGCUUACCAAAUGAGCUCUUUUGAACAGCCCUUCCGUGCUCCGUAUCAUGGAUCAAGGGCUGGCAUAGCUACUCAGUUUAGCACUGCCAAUGGACAGGUGAACCUCCGGGGACCAGGGACAAGUGCUGAAUUUCCAGAAUUUCCCUUGGUGAAUGUAAAUGAUAAUAGAGCUGGGAUGACAUCUUCACCAGAUGCCACAACUGGCCAGACUUUUGGCUAAAAAAAAAAACAACCCAUGUAAAUAAUACUGGCACUUUAGAACAGAUUAAUCAAGAGUGGGGUUACUCUGUGUGAGAUGGAGUGCUGUACAGAUUUAAGAGCAAUGCGUUAUAACAAGUUUAAGCUGAUAGGAAUAGCAAGAUAAUGCAGUACCUGCGUUUUGUUUGGUUAGUCAGCAUUCUUUGAACUGCCUUAUACGUUGUGUCACCGUUAUAGAAGCGAUGCAUCACUUGUUUUAGAUCAGAACCUUGCUAUUCUACCUACACCAAGUUAAAAAGGAGGGGGAAAAAAGACUUUCGCACAAUUGUUUCCUAACUGAUAUCCUGUACAUUCUUAGGAGAUUAGUAAUUGUGUGAAAUUUACUCAUACUGUUUGUAAUUUUUACAGCGUAGUCAUUGCACUUCAGCAGGGAAUCUGAGUAUACUUUACAGAGUGAACUUAAAAGUUUCAAUGUCAAGAAAUUAUGGCUUAAAUAAAUUAGUGUGUCCUAUAGGGCAAAUAAACAAACCAAGAAAAACCACCUUUUAAAAAGAAUGAUAUGCCAUAUACCCUUGAUUUUCAUUUUGCAUUAUAUUGAUAUGUGUUUUUUUGAAGAAAAAAGUAAUAAAAAAUCUGAUAGUCUAAGACUCCACUAUUUAAAAGCCUAAUUACUUUUAAAAUAUGCAUACUUUCAAAACUUUUACCAAAAUACACAACUAUUGAAGCAUUCACUUCUCUAUGGAAGUAUGCAUAUUGGUGUUAGUUUCUUUGUACAGUUGUACCUAGAUAUUUUUUAUGAUUUUUUUCAUGUGCAGGUAUCAAGGUUUUGAAGUUUUAGUAAUAAAAUAUUCUGUAGAUUACAUUCCCAAGAACAUAAUGCUUACACAAAAUGUAUAUUCCACGUUUUAAAGCUUAAUUGUAUUUUACUUUACAUAUACACUUCAGUUAAUAUAGAGCACUUAGAAUCUAUUUGGUAUUUUUGAUUUCUCAAAAGUAAAAAAAUAAUAAUGAUUUAGAUUUUUAGGUUUGAUAUGAUUGUGUCAUAAUCAUCUCAAUGGACAAAUUUUAAUUUUUGGCAAUAAAAGGAAAUUGGUUUAUCUUUGGAGCUGUAAAACCUGCUUUGAUCCUUCUCUUUCUAGAGUCUCAAUAGAUUGGAUAGUUAAACAGAAUCCAGAGAACUAAAGAAAUGGGCAUUUUAAUUGCUUAUUUUAUCUUCAGUUACUUUUUUAAUGAACAUUAUUCAUUGCAAUUUUACAAACCAAAAGUGUUUACUAAUUCUAGUAACAACAAUUUCUUUUUCAGCUAGAUGAGUGAUCGGAAAUUUUUUGUUGCAUUUCAAAAUCUAAAUAAACUACAAACUUUAUCCUUAUACCAUGAAUGUUUUUUUUAAAAAAAUACUUUGUCUUAAAAUAAUACAGCAUGGUACAAUAAAUAGUGAUUUUUAUAUAUCUCUAUAUCUCUAUCUAUCUCUAUAUAUACACACCUUUCUGAAGAAUGAUGGUUUGAGUUGCAUAUUGGACAGUUUUCAUUUUUGGCAAAUAAUAUACUAAUUCUACCCUUUUUCACUUUUCCCAACAUUUUAGUUUUCUUAUUGACAGUUUCCCCCAUCUUUGUCACAGUACGCAUACUGAUAGAGCACCAGUGAUAAUCUAAAAUUAAUACCUCUGGAAGGUAAAACCUGUUGGUAAUUUCCACUCUACCCUUCAUGUUAGCCCUAUGAAUCUGUAGUCUUUGUUUCAUCCUAGCAUGUGUUAUCCAUUUAAAUUAUUUUUUCUUUUAUUUAAUGAUAUCCCAAGACUGUUCUCAUAAAGACAGGGGAACGAGCAAAUAAUCACCUUACCACCCUUCACAUUUAUUUUGAAUGUAUUGGUGUGUCUGUAAGGAAUAUCAGUUAUGUGUAAUGUGGUUUCCGCUACACUUUGGUUAUUAAAGCUUUGCUUGCUUGAAAUACUAGUUGACAGCUUUCUUUGCUGCCCAUUUUUGAAAGGAACUAGACUUCAUUGGAGUUGAUCCUGAAGUUCUGCCAUAUUGACUGAAGGUUGGAGCGUGUUGUGUUGUGUUGUGUUGUGCAUCACAGUCGCGAGAAGGCUCCAUGCAGGUGAGAUCUAAAAGGAAAGUGCCCAUACUAGCGAGGCGUGGAUGUUUUCUACCCCGGUGUUUUUGAUGAUAGGAGGCCUUUACUCCCUGAGUUGGAUUUUUUCAGCUCUAUCAAAAAUUGUGUUCUGUUGAGAACUGGAUGCGGUUCUUGUUCCAGCAUGAAGUUUUUUGUUUCUCUGUCUCAACAUCACCAGCACAGUUUUUUGGAGUGUGACUCUCUUGCUGAGCAGGUAGGGCACAGAGAAGAAGGAAGGCCUUUGAACGUGGAAGUUAUGCAAGCAGAAAUCCAGCUGGCCCACUUCUCUCUCUCGGACACAUUUCUUUAAAUCUACAUAACGGCAGACUUUUCUACCAGGUUAUAAGCAUUUUUUGAGAUAAGUGAUAUUUAGCAGCAUAAAUUAUUAACUUACCACUCAAGUAUAUUCAUUACUUUCUUACUGUGAAAUUAUAAAUGCCUACCAGGGUUACCUUGUAUGAUCAUCAUCGUAAUAAAACAUCUCAGUCACUUGGGUUUCCCCAUUUUGGUUCAGAAGGUUAUUUAUUUUGUACCUGGGCAUUAAUAGAGAAAACGAGUAGCCUUGGGUGUGGCCGUAGGGUGGAGCCUUGGGGGUGUAAGGUACCCUUUUGCAGCUUGUGUUUUCUCAUUUCUCUCAGUGAGCAAAAUGGUUGUAGGAAAACAUGCUCUUAACUCUGAUACUUGUUCACAACAUGUGUGAGGUGUGCUUUUCCACUUAGGACCUAGUGUCACGUGUGAAGAUUGGAAACAGUUCACCUUCGGUGAGGUCACAUCUUGAACCUCUUCUAAGUGUGUAUGUCUUUUCUUCCUUGUGGUCUGUUGCACACGGAUCUCAUGUGGCUCCAGGUACCUGGCGGCUUCUCGGUCCCUGGACUCUACGUGGAGACUUUCCUCUUGGCCAGGAGGAGUUUGCUCAGCCCGCCAGCGAUUGUCAGUAGUCCCGUCCUUGUAGCUCUUUCAGAAUUAGAGCAGGCCUUGUGCUCAGGGUAGGUUUCAUUUCCACAACAGAGAGAAAUUUACAGAAUGCCAGCUAGGUUAGAUUUUAGCCACUUUCAGUUUAUUUGGGUUUUUAAAGGGCUGUUUUUAAAAAGGGAAAAAAAAAAAGCCAGGAAAUCUUAAAGUAGGCAUUUCUGUAGUGCUACAUUUCUUAGAGGAUUUUGAACUAGAAUUCUUGUUUUUUCCCCACGACAUAUUUACUUGAAGCACUAUUACAGUAAAAAAGAAAAAAAAUUGAGUCUGCAAUUUAAUUUAAACUUUUUCAAUUUCAAAUUGCUUUAUUUCAGGGAAAUAUUUUCCAGUUUUUGCUAUAUCUGCAAAUAAAAAAACCUUAUGUUUCCUUUUUCACUUAAACUUUGGUAGGAAACAAACUAAAGCAGACAAACAUUUCAUUGUUGUGUUUGUUGCUUUCUUUAAUCCAAUGGAUAAAAAAGUAAAACCCUGUAAACAUUAUUUUAUUUUUUUAUGCAAUACCAUGCUGUAAAUAUGGUUCAUCAAAUAAGGAUGUACCUAUGAUUGAAUCUUUACUUCUGCACAGUUAGAGUUUAUAUAUAAACGUGUCUUGACAAUCAAGGACUUUUAUGUGAGUCUUCCUUUACAAUGUUUUAUUAAUGUUAUGCAUUCCAUUUGUUUUAAAGUGAGUACCAAUGUGCUAAUUUGUAUUGUCUGGAAGUAUGUAAUGUUUUUACAGCUUGUUUUUAAGAAUCUGUAAAUAUGUACAAACAAAUCACUGCUUUAUGUUAGAAGGCAUAUGAUGUUGUACUGUAUGUAAGCAAUAACACAUAGCAGUGCUAACUUUACAAGUAGCAUCAGGAAAGUUCUAAAAACAUUUCAGAGUUAUCAAUUAUCCUUAUUUCAUUCAACAGUGAUUACCUAAUCAGUUUUUAUAAGCAAAAUUCCAUUGUUCCUCCUAUCGGAACGUAACACUGUUUACACAGCAUGAUUGAAGUUGCAGGGGAGACAGGCUAGCUCUGGCUUCGUCUGUACUCGCUUUCACUAAGCAUCGAAUGGCCUUACCACUCUUCUGCAAGAGGGAGGAAGACCGCAAAACUCAGUGCCCAUCACACUGAAGGAAGGGGUGUGCUUUGUUUUUGUCUUCUUCCCUGCUCCUGUACUGCGAACUAACCUUGCGGUUUGCUUUGGGUAUUAGCAUUGGCUCCUGUGUUCAUUCACACCCGUAAGGUUGAGGUGUCGUCAGCUCCAUUGUGACGUUGCUAGUUCCCUUCAUAUUUCAUAGCGUUAUGUCAGCACUGCUGAACUUCUUACUUUGGUCUUUAGAUACUUAUUUUUCAACUGAUCAGAUGAAUUUAUUCAACUUCAAUACAAAGAGACAAACCUAAUGUAGUUUGAGUUGAGUAGAUAGUAUACUGUACAGAACGGCUAACUAUUUGAACACACAUCACUGCUUUAGAGAUAAAGCCGCCAAUUUAUAAAUGUAUAUGACCUACAUUUUAUAGGAGAAACGUUUUUAAAUGCUAGUCAUUUAUAUAAUGUGCUUUGAAGGAUUUGCUAGUCCACUUCUGUCACUUUUUAGUACACUGGUAUCUUUUAUAUGUAAUGUAUGCUUUUUAUUAUUGUAGCAAAGCAUUUCAGUAGAAAGAAUUUUGCAACAAUAUGGGGAAACUUUUUUCAUUGUUGGAUUUGAAUUAUACUGGAUUUUAUCUGUGUAGUUUUACUUGUCUUUAUUUUAAUGCUGUCUGGAAGGGAACUUGGUAUCCAAAUAAAGCAGGUAACCUCAUUUUAUUUCAAGGGCAUACUGUGUAGUGCUGAAUUUAAUCUGGAGAUCUGAUGAUUUUGAAAAGGAAAAAAGUUUAUAAAAAUUGUACAGAAGAAAUUAAAUGUGUGAUGGAAAUCCUGAUGAUGGAGCACGUUGACUUUUCUGAUACAUAGUGUUGUUUUCCUGGGAUCCCCUAUGCCUUCUUUGUAUCCCAACUGAAAAAUGGGAGGGAAAAUCCCUUCUCACUGACACUGGUAGGAUAAGAGGACAUUCUGAUGAUACAGUGUUACCUUUCCUGUCCCUUUCUCAAUCACUGUAAAUUAAGAUGUUCUAUUUCCUAUCUAUAAUUAAACAUGUACAUACUAGAGACACUGUUGUAUAGAACUGAAUGAAUUGGUUUGCUUUGCUUGAUUGAGUAAGUGGAAAUAUUUUAUGGAUCCUGAGAAUUCAUAAAAUGCCAGAGCAAACUUACCCGGGGAGACAGGGGUGGUGCGAGCACUGUGUGUGUUGAGAACCCUGACUGCCGGUGGUUUCUCCAUCCCCAGGGUCCCACUGUGACGGGAUCUACUGCAGCUUCACUCACGCUCAGAAACAAAGUGGGUCCCUCCCCCCCCCAAAUAUGCGCAUGAAAGCUCAAAAUCUACUCAGGUGAAAAUUGUUUUGCAAUGAAACUUAUCACAUUGGAAUUUUCACUGUUAAAUAACAAGAUAUUUGUGAUAUUUUUAAAUAAAUAAAAAUAAACUUUCACAUCAGUAGUCAGCAGCCUGACAGUUGACAUUUGGUAAGUUGAUAUAUUUUGAAAUAUAUUUUGCCUUCCAAGUAGAAUUGUUUUUGAACAAUUGGGAGGGGUUUUUGUUGUUUAAAUGCAUUUUUUUAAUUGUAAAAAUAAAGUCUUGCUUGACCCCA